UGUCACGUGACAACACAACCAUGUGUCUUUUGCUCCUCAACAUGGCUACCGGUAAAGGGCUCGCGAUCGUUUUCCGACCAAAAACUAUCAGCUUCAUCAACAAUAGUACUUUAAAUAAAUUGUCGUGCAGUAUCGUCCAAAGAUGUGGUGCAUGUCAUCGAGCCGUCGCAACAGUAGCGUUGGGUGUCCACAACUGGAACUCGAAAAAAACAGGAAAAAAUGCGAUUGAAAAUUUAAUGCAAUCAAGAGGAAUACAUACCACGAACCAGCUUUUGAAACGUAAUUAUUACGAGAUAUUGGGCGUAUCUAAAAAUGCUUCGGGAAAGGACAUCAAGAAGGCUUAUUAUCAACUGGCGAAAAAGUAUCAUCCCGAUACGAACAAAGGAGACCCGGAUGCCAGUAAAAAGUUCCAAGAAGUCUCAGAAGCUUAUGAAAUACUAAGCGAUGAUACCAAAAGGAAAGAAUACGAUACAUGGGGGGCUACAUCGGAGCAAAUGGGAAUGGGAGAUAGCGGGCGUGCCAAGGACUUCGGUCGUAACUGGCAGUUUAGAUCGUCUAUUAACCCAGAAGAGUUGUUUAGGAAAAUAUUUGGAGAUUCUGCCUUCAAAAGUAACGCUUUCAGUGAGUUUGAUGAGUACUCUGAGUCGAAGUAUGGGUUUGGAGCAGCUCAAGAGGUUAUUAUGAAUUUAACAUUUUCGCAAGCCGCCAGAGGAGUAAAUAAAGAUGUUCAAUUGAACGUAAUAGAUACGUGCCCCAAAUGUUUAGGUUCUCGAUGUGAGCUAGGUACGAAAGCAGUGAAAUGUCAAUAUUGCAAUGCCACAGGAAUGGAGACGAUUAGUACUGGUCCUUUUGUGAUGCGCACCACUUGUCGAUACUGUCAUGGUACCAGGAUGUUCAUCAAGUUUCCAUGCACGGAGUGUCAAGGAAAAGGACAAUCGGUGCAACGAAAGAAGGUGACAGUACCAGUUCCAGCUGGUGUGGAAGAUGGUCAAACAAUACGAAUGGCUGUGGGUAACAAAGAAGUAUUCAUAACAUUCCGUGUGGAAAAAUCAAAGUACUUUCGUAGAGAUGGACCAGACGUACACACAGAUGCUGAAAUUUCGCUGUCGCAAGCAGUGCUUGGUGGUACGAUAAGAAUAGAUGGUAUUUACGAGGAUCACACUAUACAAAUUCAACCUGGUACUUCAUCGCACACAAGGAUUAGAUUGAACUCCAAAGGACUGAAGAAAGUGAACGGAACGGGAUAUGGAGACCACUACGUACACAUUAAAAUAAAAGUGCCUACGAGUCUGAGCGACAAGCAGCUUGCUCUGCUCCAAACUUAUGCUGAGCUGGAAACUGACACUCCUGGCAGUAUACAUGGCAUAACGUACAAAACAGAUGGGACAAAGCGAAGUUUUAGCGGACCCCUUGACUUAGUGGAAUCCAUACGAAUAGCAUUAGGCAAUGAACAAUUUCCAUCUAAACUCGAAGGAUCUGAAGAUAAACCUCAAAACAAUUCCAGAAAAAAAGACAGCAAUUCAAAAACUGAAGACAUUAACAAGAUACGAAGUCAAAAAGUGUCAUAAUAUGUUAGAUCUCUCAUUUGUUAACAAGCUUAUUGUUUGAAAACAAUAAAUUCCAAAGUUAUUAAAAAAGAAAGCAAGUGCUAUGUAAUAGGAUCUAUCUUGAUGCUGGAAAUAUUAAUGAAAUCCAAACAAGUUGACUGCGUCUUUAUCCUUUUAGCAGAAAACAUAGAUGUAUGUUAAUAUAAUUGUUUAUUUGUUCCACAUUGUCACAAAUAUACAGCUUAAUUUCUAAUUAGUAGAAUACAAUUCGGAAAUUUCUUUUGAGGCUACGUUGUAUCUGUACAAUACAAUUUAAAGUGUAUCCACAAAAAAGAAAAAUCAGACCUCUACUUCUUAUAAAACGAUUUCGUGAUCGUCACAAUUUGUUAUUCUUACCAGCUGACUAUGUUAUGUUUGUACCUUAUACAAUAUUUUGUAAAUGUAUAUAUAAUUUAAUAUUUUAGUUGAAUUGAUUUCACUUGUAAAGGAAAGAUAAAUAAUUUAGUCUACGAAGAUGCAGUUCUAUUUGAUUUAAAAAUUCCGAUCUCUACAAAGUUUCUUUUCCUUUGAAUUGAUAUUACAAAUUUUGUAAAUGUGAAAAGGAUAUUUUACAUUUGUCUACGAGCUGCUUGCAAUUUCUUAUUUUGUACAAAAUGAAAUGUAAUAAAAAUUAACGAGUUGAUAAUCGUUUA